GCAGAACCCAUGAACCGAACCGAUAGCCGUCGAUCAUUCGCUCCGCCGCAGCUCCGCCGUAGAACAGCUAACCUCAAAAUCCGUCGUCGUUCUCUCUGGUGGAUCCAUGGAAAAUUCCGUUAGAGCUCCGGAAUCCGACGGCUCCGGCCUGAAACUGCCCCAUCAAAAGAUCAACUUGGUCCGAGAGUUUCUGAAGGAAGGCCCUGGUGGGUGGGAGAAGACUUGGGAGGCGGGAAUUACUCCAUGGGACUUGGGAGAAGCUACACCCAUUGUUGUUCAUCUUUCUGAGACAGGUUCAUUGCCUAAGGGGAGGGCCUUGGUUCCUGGCUGUGGCACUGGUUAUGAUGUGGUGGCAAUGGCAUGCCCUGAGCGCCAUGUUGUAGGGUUAGAUCUAUCAAAAACAUCCGUGGAGAGAUCGGAAAAGAUAUUUUCCACACUGCCUAAUUCAAAGUAUUUCUCCUUCGUGGCCGAAGACUUCUUCACUUGGCAGCCGCCUGAACAAUUUGAUCUCGUUUUCGAUUACACUUUUUUGACCGCCUUUCCUCCGGACAUGAGACAAUCAUGGGGAAAGCGAGUGGCAGAACUUCUGAAACCCGGGGGAGAGCUUAUAACGCUGAUGUUCCCUUUAGAUGAUCGUGAAGGAGGACCUCCUUACAGCAUAUCUGUGUCCGACUACAAGGAGAUUCUGAUCCCUCUAGGGUUCGAGGUUGUCUCCAUUGAGGAUAACGAACUCGCUGAAGGACCACGCAAGGGAAUGGAGAAGCUGGGAAGAUGGAAGAAGUCAUCCGUGUAGCCUCUUAUACACCUUGUGAAAUGUGUUCAUGAACCAUCACAGACCUUUAUACUAUCAUAUCAAUAAAAGGAGGCACAUCAUACAGCAAGGAGCCUUUUAAUGCAGCUAUCUUCAUGUAAUCGAGCUACCUAGUUUUGCCAAUAAAUGUUUUUUUUUUAUAUGUUGGAAGAGUUUAAUGUAAAGACAAAGACGUGCUUGUGAAACCCAAAAAAGGAAGGAAAAAAAAUGUUACGUGAGUUCCGGCUCAAUGGGCCUUCAA